UUGGCGUCAACACUGCCUUUUCGACUCUUGUCCUCUGAGACGUAGGCGGUGGUGGGAGGAUGACCUUCAUGCUCGUCGCCCGUGUCGCCACCGACGUCAUCACUAGUUCCUCCUUCUGCUCCCACCACCCUUGAACAAGAUUCAAAUGAACCAAUAAUAAUUAUUCUACUUCUGGAUACCAUUUGGCCGCUGGCCCCAUUCCUUGAAGGAGGACAAAUACAAGUAUGGAGGAUGAUAAUGCGAGACAUAUUGUCAGGGUGUAUGUGGGAGCCUUGUCGCAAGAAUAUGAAGCGUUGUCUGUGGAAGCCAGUAAGCAUACAACUGCCGAAGAAAUUGUCACUUGCAUCGUUCAGAAAUUAGGAUUCAAAAGUGCUCCCGAUUAUGAAUUGGCAGAAGUCAUUGAAAACUCGACGGGUCAAGAAUGUAAAGAACGACGUAUUGGUCCUCACGAAUCUCCUGUUGCGCUUAAAUUGCUAUGGCCAAAGACUGUUACAGCUGCAGAUGUGGCACUGUUCUCUGACCUCUCUUCUUCAUCAAGGAAUAAUCUCACUCAGACAUUAUCCACCAUUAACAAUGGGAUGGAACAGUAUCGAUUUUGCCUCCGGGAAAAACUUUCCGACUCUGUUCUCUGGUCAGGGAAUUUUGCCAUGGACCCACAGAUACUAAGAGACUAUUUUUAUCGUUUUUUGUAUCAACCGAAGGACAAGGAGUAUCCUGACCUUUGCGAACUACCCGACUUAAACUCUUCUACUCUUUUAAAUAAUUUAAAAUUAAGGUUCAAUGCUGGCCAUAUUUAUUCGUAUGUAGGAUCGAUUUUAAUCGCCAUCAACCCCUUUAGUUGGAAUUUCCAACACAAUGCAGGCUGUGGGAUCUACAAUCCAAAAUACGUAAAGCUGUACCAAAAUCGAAGAAGAGAGGAACUGCCUCCCCAUAUUUUUUCUGUCGCUGAUGUAGCGUAUUAUUCUAUGCUUAAAACUCGGCGAAAUCAGUGCAUCGUGAUAAGUGGUGAAUCCGGCAGCGGAAAGACUGAGAGCACUACGUUUUUAUUACACCAUCUCACGGCUCUAAGUCAAAAAGGUGUCCACGGGAGUGGCGUGGAACAGACGAUUCUCAGUGCUGGUCCCGUUUUAGAGGCGUUCGGAAAUGCAAAAACUGCUCACAACAAUAACUCAAGCCGAUUCGGAAAGUUUAUUCAAGUUAACUACCGUGAAAAUGGAAUGGUACAUGGGGCUUUAGUUCAAAAGUACCUUUUAGAAAAAUCUCGCAUAUGCUCUCAAGCCAAAAAUGAAAGAAAUUAUCAUGUAUUUUACUACCUUCUUGCUGGUGCCAAUGACACCGAAAAAGAAAUACUCCAUUUGCUACCUCCACAUAAAUACCAUUAUCUAAAUCAAAGUGGAUGCUACACUUUGGAAGGAGUGGACGAAAGUUACGAGUUUUCCAGGUUGAAACAGUCGAUGGAAAUGGUGGGUUUUGGUCAGGAUAAGCAACGGAAACUGUUCUCAGUCCUAUCGGCUGUUUUACUAUUAGGCAAUGUCGAAUUUCUUCCGAAAAAAUCUUCUUACCAUCACGAUGAUACAGUUGUUUUGAAAAACCCGGAAGUGGUGCAACUAAUUUCAGGUUUAUUGCGAGUGACUGAAGAAACGUUGGUUGCUGCACUUACGUCAAAGAGAGCUCGUGUUUCUGGUGAAAUGCUAGUCAUCAACUAUAGGAUGCCAGAGGCAAACGCAGCAAGAGAUGCAAUGGCAAAGUGUCUGUAUGGCUCAUUAUUCGAUUGGAUUGUUCUUCAAGUCAACCACGCUUUAUUAAGCAAAAAAGAUGUCAACGGGUGUGAAUAUCUUGGAAAGUAUUGCACUAUUGGGGUACUAGAUAUAUUUGGAUUCGAGGAUUUUGCAGAUGCAAAUAGUUUUGAACAGUGGUGCAUAAACUAUGCUAAUGAGCAAUUGCAGUACUACUUUAAUCAGCAUGUCUUUAAAUAUGAACAAUUGGAGUACAAAAAUGAAGAAAUAUUAUGGACUGAUAUAGAAUUUAUGGAUAAUGCCCCGUGUCUAAGUUUAUUUGAAUCGAGGCCUAAUGGUCUCAUUUGUAUUCUGGAUGAUCAAUGCAGUUUUCCCGGAGCAACAAACGAAACCCUGCUUCAAAAAUUUAAUUCGAUACAUAAGGACAACGAAUUUUAUGAGAAACCUCAACGAAGGGAGGCUGCAUUUAUCAUAAAACACUAUGCUGGAAAAGUAAAGUAUCAGAUUGGAGAUUUUCGGGAGAAGAACAUGGACGGUGGUGAAGUGUCUCAUUUAAGUGGAAUGCGACACGACAUUGUCAGUGUACUUAAGAGCAGUAGUAUGGCAUUUGUUCGAGAGCUUGUUGGAAUUGAUCCGGUAGCUGUGUUUCGGUGGGCAAUCGUUCGUGCUUUUUUUCGGGCGUACUUUGCGUUUAAUGAAGCUGGAAAUCGACAAAGGGUUCUCAGAGCCAAGAGUACAUUAAAUCGAGCAUUAUCAACCCCUGGACGCCGAAGAUCAUCAAAUGACCAAUUAAUUAACCUGCUUGUGACAAUUUCUUCUGUAAAUUUGCGUGUAAAUCGGAUCGCGAAGAACAGAUCUUUUCGCCCUCAGCAAUUUCUUGCCAGAGGAAUUAAGAAUUUGCACAGCGUAAAAAACCUAGCUAGUCAAACUGCAACAAUCGGAAUCUCCAAUAAGAGCUACAACCCUAGAAAGCAACCAGUUUCUGUGUCACAACAAUUUCAGCAAUCUCUCAACAGUCUCAUGAUUACUCUCAAUCAAGCCAAUCCAUUUUUUAUUCGGUGCAUAAAAUCGAACUCUGAAAAGAGUCCAAACGUGUUUGAUGAUGAAACAGUUCAGCGACAAUUACGCUACACGGGCAUGUUAGAAACAGUACGAAUUCGUCAGGCCGGUUACAACGUUCGAUUAACAUUCGAAGAAUUUGUUAAUUUGUACCGAAUACUGUUACCCACUGGUCUUCAAAGUGGGAGAAACGAGAUUGUCGAAUUUUUGAACUCGUUGCGUUUGAAUCAUGUAAACUAUCAGUUGGGGAAAACAAAAAUAUUCUUUCGAGAAUCUGAAAAAAUUAAAUUGGAUUAUUUCCUCCAUCAACAAAUUAUGGGCAGCAUUGUGAAAAUACAACGCUGGUACCGGGUUUCCCUAGAACGCCGUCAGUUUCUUCGGAUUCAAGCUGCGGUUUUAAAAAUUCAGAGUUAUGUCCGAAUGUUCCUUGCUCAACGGCUUGCUGCCAACUUGCGCAUGAGAAAUCUUGCUGCGACUUACAUUCAAAAAAUAUGGAGGGGUUAUAAUACUCGCAUUUGGUAUCAGAACUUGAAGCAAAGCUGUAUAGAGUUUCAAGCUCGAGUUCGUGGAAAUAUUCUCAGGCAGAAAUAUCAACAUCUCUUAGAAAAACACAAGGAGUUGCAGAAACAAAGAGAUAAAAUCCAAGCUUCCGGUUUGAGGGUAGAUGAAGGUGACUUUGGAUCAGGACAAUCAACAGACUAUGCAUCGUUGUCGAAAGACUCCAGUCAAGAAGAGCUUGAAAAUCAUUCCAGAUUUCCAGAGUCUGAAGAAAGUAGCGGGGUUCAUGAAGAGAGUGAUGAUGUGGAGUCAGCGUUUGUAAAAUACGGUGGUCGAGAUGAUAAUACUCAAAGGUCACGGGGCCAGUCAACGUCUGUAGCCUCACGGUCCGAGAUGUACUCCAGUUCAAAUGUGCUGCCAGCCUCAAUUAAUCCAGAUGAAACUCCCGUCGUAAAGGAAAGAAGCCGUAAAAAAAUGUCACUGCAGUCUAGGAAAGAGAAAUGUGUAGGUAUGGGCCAAGAUGUGGAAGAAGAAUUUCUCCGAGGUCAGCAAGAACAAGGAAUGGACACAAAUGGUACAAUUUGGGAUGAUAAAAAUGUUCAAGAUCGACAACUCGUCACAAAUCCAUUUCAAAAAGCCACGAAACAUUUAAAAACAUUAAUAGGAACCAAUAAUAAAGUGAAGCAGGAUAAACAUGAAGCAGUUCUGCUGGAUAGCGAAAGUGGAGAUGAUAGCGAAUAUUCACACAAAUCAGAUUACAAGUUUAGCAGGGAUUCCUCGAAAUUUAGUGAUCAUUCAGUUUUCGCCGGUCUUUCAACUAAUAAGCAACAUACUACUAAAGCUGGCGAGGAAUCCUCAUCAAGUCUCAGUUCUAGUGUGCUUCUGAAUAAAAACAUUACGAAUGUUGAUGUCAGGCGAAAAUAUCAAUCCGAAGACAAUUUUAGAGGAAGUAUGUCCAGCUAUUCCAGUGAGGAUAAAGUGUCUAGACCUGUUCAGGGUGACAAGUCUUUUGAACCAGUAAAGCCUCGUCGUGGGAUUGGCUUCUUGACAAGUUCUAGUUCUUCAGAAGUUUCUUCUAGUCGUACCUUAAGUUCAACUAAUCAGGUUGGCUUACACAGAAUCAAGCCAAAAAUAAAACGAACUGAAGCUUCAAGAGUGUCAUCAGUUGACACGAUAAUGGGAUCCUCAAGGAAUUCAAAGACAUCUUUAAGUGCAAAUAUAUCAUCAUCGGACAUUGCCCAGUCAUCCGUUGACUCAAGUAAAGCUGGUAGAACAAUGUCAAUUCCAAACCUAGACAGUAGCCGGGAAGUAAGACGAACGCGAUCUGUAUCAGAGACGAGACCUCCGGUUGUAUCCAGAGAUGUGGUGGUUAACCCAUGCCCAUCUCCAUAUGAUAACGAAUACGCUGGGAGUGCUAAAACGUCAAAUUCUUCUAUAACUACUCGAAAUAGUCAUAAUUUGGAAAAGGUUACCAAAUACCAUCGGGGAGAUAGUUGUGCUUCAUGCAAAAAGACGAUGCAUGCCUUUUUCAAUCCUGGUGUGAGAUGUAUCCAGUGUCAACUCAUGUUUCAUUCCAAAUGUGUGCAAAAUGAACUGGCCAACGCAUUCCCUUGCUCCAACAGUACAAAAAGUCUUGACGUAAACGAUGAUUUGUUUACCAUUGAAAAGAGUCCGAGCACAAUGGGAAGAAGGAAAGGAAGAAAACAAAAUAAAAACAUAGUGGAAAAACCUGGAAAAUUUAACUUCAGAAUGACUGGCACUUCAGAAUUUACGGAUCGAACAGAUCAGAUAAUUUCUGGAGUCAGAGAGUUGCAAUUAAUGCAAGAAUUUAUUUCCAAAAAGAUCUAUUUGGUAAAGAACAGAGAAGGAGAAAAAGAAAAUGCUGUAGACAGAGUAUUUCAACAAGCUUUGAAGGAAUUUUUGGAAAAUUUGGUAUCAACAUUUAGUGUCGCCUGCAAACAAGGGGAUGGAAAGCCACUUAACAUUAGAUACAAAGAUCUGAUUGCCAACUUUGCAAGCAUAAUGGAAACCGUAUGCAAACACGAAGGAACUGGAGAUGAUUUUCCUACCACAAUGGGUGUUAACGCAUUCAGAGGUUUCUUGAAUGAAUUCAUGAAUUCUUCACGAGAAGAAAAGCAAAAACCUUCAAAGACCAGAAAAACUGGGAGGAAGGAAAAAGGAGGUAAAAGGCAACGCCUUGAAGAGAGUAUCACGCAUUUGGGACAUUCUUUCGUUACUACAGUCAUAAACAUCCCUACCGUUUGCGAAGUUUGUUCCUCAUUUAUAAUGUGGCCAAUAGAGAGAGGAGUCGUCUGUCAACGAUGCAAGUUGGCUUGUCAUAAGAAAUGUCACCCAAAAAUAGCGACGGACUGUAUCGAGGGAUUUCGAAAUAAUAGCUCUGGGGGAGCUGCAGAUGGAGCUAUUUUUGGUGUUUCUUUAAACUCACUUGUGCCCGAUGGAGAAGGAAUUCCGGUCGUAGUUGAGAGACUGGUCACUGCAAUUGAAUUUUACGGGUUAAGGUUGGAGGGCCUGUACCGGAAGUCAGGUGUGAGCUCCAAAGUAAAAGAAUUGAAGGUGGACAUAGAAGAAGGAAAAGCGAUAGACUGGGAGCUUUACCCUGUCCAUGUGUUGACAUCUGUAUUCAAAAGCUUCCUCAGAGAACUACCAGAGCCGUUAUUAACAUUUGAGCUUUAUGAGGAAUUUCUACGCGCUGCUGAUCUGAGCCAACAAGAGGAUCGAGUAGUUACAAUUUUUGCUCUAUUAAAAAAGUUGCCAAAGUGUAACUUUGAUCUGAUGGAACGAUUAGUAUUUCACUUGGCCCGUGUCGCAUUAUACGAAGACAAAAACCGAAUGAACGCCAACUCUCUUGCCAUUGUGUUCGCACCCUGCAUUUUGCGAACGAAUCAAGCACGUCAAGUUCAAGAGUCCUUAAAUGAUAUUGCUCGUCAAACCAUGUGCAUUGAAACUAUAAUUCUCUCUCAAUUGAAGAAAGUCAAAGAAACUCUCAAUAAUAUCGAAACUUUGGAUUCUGCUGCCUAUUCGUUUGCUACUCGUCUUAACUCUAUUCGAUCUUCCAAGAUGAAAUCGUCGGUAACAACUAGCACGACGAAAGCUGUUAAAGGAAGCUCAGGCUCACUCAGUACCGAAGGUAGCGUUGAUGUAAAAUCUGUCAACGAGUCAUCGACCCCCGAGUCAAUGAGCGCUGAAGAAGAAGAAGAGUAUCUCACCCGGCACAUUAAAAACUUGCAAGAUGAAAAAGCCAUUUUAACGUCAGUGUUACCCACCCUAUCACGAACACCAUCCUCUGAAAACUCUACGGACCAAGAAGGGGAUAGCCCAGGAGGAAGCAUUGACGAUUUGCGAAGAGACUUAGGCCCCUCUCCUUCACCCAGACAAAUGCGGGCUCACUCAUUGCAGUAUUCUCGAUAUGAUCCAAUAUCUGAAUCAUCAUUCAGACUUCCAGGCUCCUCUGUAUUACCAAGUUUGCACAAGAAUAGAGGGCCUAACAGGAAGCCACCCACUCGAUUUGUACGUAAUAUUUCUUCUGUUGAUUUUGGAGAGGAAGAAGAUGAUGCCGAUCCAACGACUUCACAGGAUGAUGAAGAUAAGAGUGUUGUGUCAGUUAAUCCGUCAAAUAAUGACGAAGAAGCCAUCAUGGUAUGACUUUAGUACGUAACAUGUCGGACAUUUAGAGGUACUUGCACAUUGCACGAGAUAUAUUCAACUCAGUAUUGCAUUCGUAAUGGUAACGUUAUAAUAAUAAAGACACAUGCCAAAUUGCAUGAUAUGCAAUAGAAUAUUUAAUUAAAUACUUGUGUACGAGCACAAGAUAUUUAUCGAUAUAUUCAUAAGUACCGAUAAAUACCGAUAUAUGUAUGUAAAAUUGAUUUACAUAUAACUGUUCAGUAAUUUUUAAUUGAGAUUGACACUAUAUUGACAUUUAUUAGAGAUAUGGAAUAUGGAUAUGAAAGGUUCAUGUCGUUUGAUAUAUUCCGCAUUAUUUUUUUCUGUCAUCCACAAUCAUCAUAAUACUCGGUAAUUUUAGUAUUAUAUUCCGUACGAAAGUAAUUGACAAUCUAACAUGUGCGAUACGAAAGAUUAUUAUUCAUACUACAUACCGAUGUAAAUUAGUCACAAGCUAGCUGUUAUUAAACGAAUGUAUGUAUAGAAAUACGAACCUCAAGUCCAAAAUUUUUAAUUUUUAUCAUAAAAUUAAAAAAAUAACAACAUAGGUGAUAUAUGACAUAACAGGGAAACGUCCCAUUGUUGCAUUUCAGAGUUUAUAAUUAUGGUUAACUAUAUUUAAAGUUCUUAAUGUUCCCUGUUUAGAUGUAUGUACCUCUUGAAAUAAUGUGCCAAACGCUCCAGUAACUUGUAACCUUUUAAAGAGCUUCGCACCAACGAGAUCGCGAGGAUGCGUAUGUUUGACUUGACUUUGUAAUGGUGGACUGACUAUAUAACAUUCUAGUAAUGAUAACUUUGGCAUCAAGUCAAAUUUCGCUGUAAUUAACAAGUUUUUUUUUACUUUGCACGUAAUACGUAUCACAAAUUCUGUUGAUCUCUUCGUUUAAAAAUUGUACUUUUUUAAUAGCUUAUGUAUAUUAAAAUCUCACAUCUUGUAUUAACAUACAUUUUACUCUAAAUGUCGUAAAUUCCAUUCCGUUUUACAAUAUGCAUAGCUUCACUUGUUCAAAUUACUAUACUCUGUAUUUUGUAAUGUUUUGACAAUUACACAUUCCUUGAAUUAUAUUAUUAUUAUUUAUAUACAAAAAAUGUGUACCUAAAACUAAAAGAUACACAGCCAACAGUGCCUUCUGAAGUUCUAAAUAAUACAAUCAUGAGAUAUUAUUAUCAUUAAUGUUAUUAUAUGUGUUGUUGUUCCCGUAAUAUAAUCUAAUAUUGUGUGAACCGUA